UCCAGCCAUCCAUUAGCUCAUCUCUCACGCUUAAUUCCGUUUCAGAGCAACCGUGACGCGAGGCAGUUCAGAUAGAAAUCAGCACUACACUGGCGCCUUUGUCCAACCCGCAGCUGGCUAAAGCCGAAUGCUUCGCAGCCAAUCGGCAAUCACCUGUUGAGCAGCUCUGCGGAAACGCACACUAGUUGAUUACUGUACGCUUAACAGGAAAGUAAGAGCCGGACUCCUCUCGAUGAAAUGUUUUGGUCAAGUUGCGUGUUGAAACUUCUGUGAGGAAGCUCGUGGUGUUCCGCUUUUCUACACUCUCGUCUGUAUGUUUGUGUGCAUGCGAGUGAAGAAGACACUCGUAACGUAAUGUCCACGCUAGCCUGGUCUGACUUGGGGAAGUCUCGAACACGAUCGCCCUCCUGACAGUUUCCAGCAACGGUUUUGGUGAGAAAGGAGCAAAGAUGACAUCAUCCAACUGUGGAAACAAUUCCCACACUGAAAAUCAGGAAAAGAGCAUCGUUCUGGCUGCAACAUACAGCAUUGUCCUUUUAGGUGGAAGCGUGGGUGUGGUACUCAUGAUCUUCAUUUUGAAGUCAAACAUAAAGUCGGUGACCACCACAGCUGUCCUAAACCUAAUUGCUGUGCACAUUUUGUUAUUGUUGACUGUGCCUUUCCGCAUUCAUUACUAUGUAACCGGCACAUGGAUUUUUACCAGGCCCUUUUGUAAGCUGGUGAGCGCUAUGAUUCAUGCUCACAUGUAUAUUGCUUUCAUUUUCUAUGUGAUCAUCUUGGUCACCCGGUAUGUAGUAUACUUCAACAAAAUGAAUAAAAUGGAGUUCUACAGAAAGUUGCAUGCACUGGGUGCCAGUGCUGGAAUUUGGGCAGUCAUCACUGUUAUCGUUUUUCCAAUCUACCUUUCCCAGUAUGGAAAUACGUGCAACACUGAAGCUAAUAAUACACAAUGUUUUCAUUUUGAAAAUGCACUUUCACAAAAGGCAGUUAGUGUGCUGAACUACAUUAUCAUUAUCAUUAUCAUUCUUGUGGUGUGUUUGUUACUGAUCUGCCAGCUAUACAUUAUUUGGAAAGUAGUGAGCAAGUAUCGUCAAUUUAGUUACCAGCAUCAGGAGUUCUGGGCUCAGAUUAAAAGCUUUUCCUUUGUUAUUAUUAUGGUUGUCUGCUUCAUUCCAUGCCAUAUAUUCCGCAUUUAUUUCAUGGCAAGUUCUGAGGAAAAUUACUCUGUGAAGUAUUUCCAGAAUGAGAUGGUCCUGGCCUUGACUGCUUUCAGCUGCUUUGAUCUAAUAAUCUUUCUAGGGAGAGGAUCCCACUUACACUGCAGCACGCUGUGCAAAAGGUAAAGUUUAAUAACAGUGACCAUGAACUAAAAAGCACAGACAACCACAAAAAAACAAAGCAAAAACAAACUCAUUCUGGUUAUGCAGAUUAUUCAGUAUUUACUGUACCAUAUUUACUUUUUAUUUGAAUACAUUCAGGUAGACAUUGUAAUUUGUUCACUAGAAAUUCAGUUCUGAUUUUAUUAUUUUCUUAUUUGCUUCCUGGGGAAAACCCAAUGAUGUCAUUUUUAAGGCCCUUGUUUCAUGUACUGCAAAGAUACAAUAAAAAUAGCAAAGGUAAUAAACAGACAUGACUAGGAGUGAAAAGUGACAGACUGGCAUACUUCACACCACUAAUUCUUUCUUUGUGUGGUACUACUGGGAUGAUUACAGCACACAGUUAUUCUGUAAUGGUUAUGUGUAAUUAAAAAGGGGAGAAUGAACAAUUACAGUUUAUAUUGGGAUUGUAUUUGGUUUAUUCAAAAUAAACAGCGUCUUUUAAUA